AUGCACAAGCUCCGCAAAGCUAAAGAUAUCGCCAACCAGAUCGAGACGUUCCCAUGGAAUGACAAGGCCGACCUCCAUCGUUACUUGCAACGCCAUCGUUUGGUGGAAAGAGCGAAACACCUCGAGUCCCAACUUAAGGAUUGGUACGGCGAAGGAGGUCUCAAUGAGCAGACUAGAGACAUUGGCAACUUGAUAUAUUUCAAUGCGAGGGACGCACUCAGUGACGAAAAUCUCGCGCCGAUCCUAAGAGAGCUCAAUGACACUGAGUUGUACUGGGCCUACUUGGGGAACCCAGAUGGUGUCAAAGACGAGAAGCCUGGUGCGUCCUUACCGACGCGGACUAGACUUCGAUUGUACGAGAUCUUAUGGCUACGCUACCAAGUGAUUGAUACUGCCUGGGUGAUUUCAAUGACAUUGCACGAUCUCCGACAAAUACGAAGGCUAAAGGCUCAAAUAUUGUGCUCUGCAGAGAUAUACAGCUACCAUAAACUCACCUACCCGCUUCAACUACUUGUUAACGCAAUAAGUCUCAAUGCCGAGCGUAUAAUGCUGGACUACUUCCAUCUCAGACGCAUGUCGGGACUUUUCUACAAGCCCUCAUCGCGACGGCUGACAAAGCUAUUUUAUGAAAGCGCAUUUCUCUUCCACGGAGCGAAACUGCGUUGGUUGAGCAGAAUUGCUAUCCGUGAUGUGCGACGCAACCUUGAAGAGCUUGCGGCGUCCCCUGUCCAAAGGGAGGUGUUUUUAAAACUGGGACCUUUGAUUGCACACAACCGAGCUUUCGUGGGCCUCCAGAACUCUUACAAAGGUCUCUUAACACUGCUCAAGAUCCCCUCUCGAUCUCCACCGGCUCGACUGCAGAUGAAGAUUGAAGAAGCUCAUGACCAUCUCUCCGAUGCUCAAAGAGAUAUUCUGCUUUUGACUGAGUUCGCUAUGCUCUGGUCUGGUGUUCGCAAGAUAUGCUUGGAUAACCUGAACCCUCAGCGAGAUUGUUAUGUGCCAACUCUGCAGGUUGAUCCUGCUCUGGCAUCUUCGUUCCUGCCCCGUCACAUUGUUAUACGGCCUCAGAAUGCUGUUCAUUACGUUGCCCCCUGGCGAACUCCUAUAUCUCUCUAUCCACUCGGUACACCAAUCCCAAUCCACUACGUUCUUACGUAUUCGGGUCUUCGGAUGGUUUUGCCACGGUUGACUGCCUGCAAGGUCCUGGGUUUCGACACUAUACAAACAGCUAAAACCCAGGGAAACCGCUUGGUUGAGUUUUUAAUUCUUGCGAGUGACCAUGAGGUGGCGAUUAUCCACAUUGCUUUAAUGAGUCAAUUGUCUCUCAUUUCAAAGGAGCCUUUCCUUGAUAUCAUGCAAAACUCUUCAAUUUUGAAGGUUGGUGUCGAUGUGGAAUUCCAGCGGCGAAUAUUGGCAGAUGGUCCUUCUGUUGAGUUAGAGGGGGCUCUCGAGCUCCGUGAUCGUCUCGGCUGGAAUGUAUCCCCUGAAGCGGGAUCUCCGAGAGACCGGGCUGGGAGUAUCAUCUCAUCGAUGGCCGCCCAAGUUUUCGGUUUCCCUUUACCCCCGGUCGACCUUUCACGGGCACUCCGAGAUUUGCUUCUAGGAACAGAAUUUCGUGCCAUCAGGAGAGUUGGGUCAAUUGAACCCCUUCAUCUCCUUACACGUAGGUUGCAAGUUCCCCUAAAGAUGUUUGUUAUUGACGAUGAUCAACAGAUCUCGCCUCACGUGCCUACGCUGCUUUGCAAUUAUAUCGAGUGUCCGCCGGUGAGAAGCUCGGCUCGAUACCCAGCUCCUCAGUUCAGUCCAACGUCGAUGAGCAUUCACUGGGUCCUGUUUUGGUCUACAGGCAGUCGGGUAUAA